GUAUUUUCCAGAGUCCACCAGUGCAUUCAUUUUGACGGACCAGCCGAUGGUAGAUCAUGGCAUCAUCGCUCUGAGAGCGCCCUUCGCCAGCACCUCGUGCCUGCCCAUGGUCCUCUUCCUGCGCCAGCCGCUGACUCCAACUAGCUUGUACCAGGUCGGGAAGCUUGUCUUCUUGGGCACAUCGGCGCAGAAUGCGCCAUGCAGUACUCCGGGAGGCGAGCUGCUCUUUUGCUUCUGCAGUGCAGCCCAAAACGAGGGAAAAUCGAUAGCAGGGGCGAAAGAGCCGAGCGAGCGAUACCCUGCGGCGACUAUUUCUCAUUUCAGACCGUGCAACUCUUUUUGGUUGUCGCUGGGAGCUGAUCGGUUCGAGUCUUUGGCCCUCUUGCCGCUUAUCCCCUUUCCGGUCGAACGGACUCUCUCCGGUGACGUCCAUGUCUGCUUGCGCAUCGAGGGUUUCUUGCGGCUGGUCCGCUACUGCAUCAUAGCCAUCGUCCUCGUCGUCACUGGCUUCGAUUCGGCUUUGUGUUCCCUGUCAUCAUCUGAAGAGCUUUCGGAAGGAGUGGAAGUCUUGAAUGAGCUCCAGGAGUCCAAGUGCACAGAUGCCAGGUUGACGCACGAGGUGCCAAGCCUCCUAUGCCGAGUGAUGAUGCCACGCAGGGUCGAGAAAAGCCAAAAGACAAGGGGCAAAUUGAACGGCACGCAGUUACACUUGUAGCUGAGUAAGAGCGCAUCUUGCAUGUGAAAUGGGGAGAUGCAAACCUAGGCUCGUU